UGUUAUUUCGUGGAUGAUGGUAGGUAAUAAAUCCACACCCGCCUCCGCCUUCUCCGUGUGACCGACUCUAGAACAGCCCAAAUCUACAAGUUAAAAUAAACAGGUGAAACAGGAAGUUGAUCUUUCAUAACGAAAGAGUGUGACGAUUUUACUGUGUCACAUAGUGUGUGAACUGUUAACAUUAUACAACUCAGUAACGGCUACACACUUCAGGAGACAAAUCUUUAAAUAGUUGGCUUUGUUAUUAUCGACUGUCGUCACGUUUGCGUUCUGACAUGUUCGACAGGAUCACACACACUGGAUCAGGUUGUGUGACCCUGGAGUAACCUUGAUAUGAAGUACCUGUUUACAGUUGUCCAACACACGAGAUUCAAUCAUACUAUCUUAACAGUCAAUGCACAAAAAAUACACAGUCGGGGAUUCCAGGAAUAAAUUGAUUAUCUAUAUAUUUCCCAUGCUGACGGAGGAGGUCGUACCAAUUCUCGAAAUAUUAUACACGUUUCUUAUUUCUAAAACUGCUAUUGUUUUACAAAAUGUAGUUAUAUAAGACAGAUAUUUUUCUAUAUAAAAGACUAUAAAAGUGUAUGAUUGUUUUAGAAACACAUUUUAUUGGUUUAUCACUACAGCAACAUGGUAACAAACUAACCAUUAGAUUAUCUGUCUAAGAUUCUCAAAGAUACCAGACAGUUGUGAGAUUUUAUAUAAUCACUAAACUAAUAAAAAUUGUUGUUACAAGGUGACCGUCUUCCUCACGAUGGCUGAAGAGGUUGUUGUACCAAUUCUGGAAAUAAAGGAAGAAUUUGCGACUUGUGAUAUCUGUAUUGAUUAUUAUGAUGACAAAGAUAAAUCACCAAAAAUACUUCCUUGUUUCCACACUUUCUGUAACAACUGUCUAGAAAAAAUGUUCGAUAAAUCUCUAAAGCAAAUUACCUGUCCUAAGUGUCAACAGAUAUGGCGAGUUGAUACUACUAUCCAAAAGAAAUUUCCACAAAACAACAUGGUAAUGAAUCUGGUUGAGUACAUCAGACUGAAGAACAAACCUGGGGAUCUUGUUUGUCACCAGUGUCCGAACAAGUCGAAGGCAAACGUUCGCUGCCUAGACUGCCAACAGUACCUAUGCGAUGAGUGUGCAUCAUACCACAAAAGAUUUCCAGUUUUAAAGGACCACAAGACUCUUCUGAUAGCAGAAUUCAUUAACAUGCCUCGAGAAGAAUUUUUUCAACAAAAAGACAUCUGCAAACUGCACGAGUCCAUGAAACUGGAUCUGUUUUGCGAGAAGUGCUCAUCGGCAGCAUGCUCUUCAUGUGCCCAUGUUUCCCACAGGAACCACGAUUUACACAACCUCAAGGACAUCUACACGGGCAGAAAGAAAAAGGUCAGCACAGCUGUAAAGAACCUACAAACAUCAACAGAUAGUUCUAAAGAACACAGAAAGAAGCUGGCGGAACAGAAUGAAACACUAAACGUAAUGCAACAAAACCUUCUGAAAACCAUUGAUGAUUCAUCAACUCUGAUAAUACAGAAAGUGAAGGAAAAGGCAGAACAGCUAAAGCAGCACGUUCUUGAAAAUAUAACCAAGCAGACAGCUGAACGAAAUGAUGAGAUGAAGCUGCUCGCACAGUCUGAAGUCACCAAGAAAGGGCAUACUCUCUAUUGCCAACAAGCAUUGUCGUUUGCAAGGGCUGUGGAGUUUACUGACAUGUCUGAAGGUCUUGAGAACAAAAUUAAAACAUUGAUGGCGAGUCCAGAACUACGUAAUAUUCCCAUACAAGAAGUCAACGUGGAUCUAGAUGUAUUUAAAAAUAUUGAUACAAUCUUAGAAGAUCCUGCUGAUGCGUUUAACAUAUCAAAAAUGAAAUCUUGUAUUGAGGUAACGGAUGCUUGGACAGGUCACACUUCUGAUGUCAUAAAGGUUACAACACUCGCACAGAGUAAUCAGCCAGUCGAGUUGCAGGCAGCCAUUACAGAUCCACAAGACAACGAGAACGAAGUGGUAGAAACGAUGACAAACAUUUCGUCCAUUAUUGGGCAUGUUUUAUACAAACCAGGAAGCAGUGGCCCCCACAAAGCAGUAAUCACAGUUAAUGGAAUUCACUUGGUUAACGGCGAAAUAGUCUUUGAAAGCAGAAAUACAGAGGAGGAAAUCACGAGGAAGUUACUCUUCAGUGCUGACGGUCUGCAGCGACAGUAUCGAGAACUUAAAUUGCCAUCUGUGAAGUUUAACAAAAACAAGUUGAACAGUGAGUGGUGUAGUCUUACAAUGGACGGGCUCCUGAUCAGAAAACCUUCACCCGAGGCUCAGUCGGACUCUCCUAGCAGAAUGAAGCGUUACAGCGGAGUUCCAGCUAUGAAUGUCUUCACUGGACCUGGCUGUACAUUUUGGCAGACGAGAGUAGAUUGUGAUGUCUUAAAAUCGGCGGCAUUAAACAUGGUGGCAGCAGAAGCUGGAGUGUGUCAGGCUAAUAAAUGUGACGACGAGUAUCUGCUUAGCACGAACAAACAUGCUUGGUUUGUUGACGUGAGUAGCUGUGGACAGCACAGUAAUAUUUGUCUACGUGUUUUCUCCCGAGCACGUGAUGUACAACACGUUCCAAUCACCUGCUUGAAGCCCCACGCUUCGUUUCAAAAGGAUCUGGGAUUUCUGCUGAAUUCUGAUCAGAAGGUGUUGCACAUCAUCGACGUCCAGGUCAGCAAAGUCCUCUGCUCAAUUCCUGACAUUGACGUGUCACAGCCUCUUGUUCCUCUGUUUGCUGUAUACAACCCUGACAUUUUCAGUUGUCAACUCAAAGUAGUUACAAGUAAGAAACUGAAACUUGACGUUGUCACACUGUGGCUUCUUUCAACUUUGAUCUAACAAUUAUCUCUGCGAUAGUUGUAGCAUGGUUUUGAUUACCAAAAACCCCAACCCUUUCUACACACGCCCCUGGUAAUACAAGUUCCGGAACAUGGGUAUGUAUGAAACUGAACUGUCUGUUAUUCAAAUUGAACAUGGAAGCUCGUUCGAUCGGCACCUUUUGGAUAAUAAUGGUGAUGAAAAACAGAACAAAAAUUUUACAUAGUCUACACAUAUUGUGCUCCAGAGAAGUAAAAAAUGACAGAGUAGAAAUAUCCGCCGAAAUUUUUGUACCGGAUAGUGACAUUAUAUUAUGCAAUAUCUAAUAAUAACAAAAUCCAUGGAGGAUGAUAUUCGAACGUGUGGUCGAAAAGGCAGUUUCGGUUAUGGACAUAGAAUACAAAUUCCCGGAUGGGUGCUAAAAUUUAAUACAUUUUAAGCUUAAUAAUUAGACAAAGUGUGCAGGUACAGAUAUUAUCUACGUGAUGUUUUUUCUUUUUAAAAUUUUCAUGGAAAAAACUAUCAUUUGUAAGAAUUUAAUUUGUACUUCUUGUAGCUCGAAGCUCAAAUGCGACCCCGUCCCGGCAUACACAAAACAGUGCAAGUUAACUAUGCACGCCUUGUAGGUCACGCCUCCAAUACUAGUGACGUCCCAAAGUGGCGUCGUAGUUGCAGCACAUGUAGCCCGGGUACUCUGGCUGUAAGAGAGCUAGACGGACAUUUGGACAGUUGAGAGCGUAGAACUGUCCAAAUGUCCGUCUAGCUCUCUUACAGUCUGAAGUACUCGGGCUACAGCACAUGCAACAUACAAAAAAACCCGCCAUGUCAUGGUACAACUUAAAACGUAGACUAGAGCUCGAUUUAAUAAGCGUUACUUCUCAAACAGACGUGCGCUUUUUUAAAUAUGAAAAAUGCAUUUCGUGGUAUUAGAAACGCCAGAAUGACCAGAAACACUUUUGGAUGUGUGAAAAUGUAUAAUCUAAAUUAUAAAAUCUAAGCCAUGUCUGAUUUCAGUUAUGAAAACAGCUCUAAUAGUAAACAAAUAAAUAAAUACGUAGUAGUGUCCUUGCAAGUCUUUUUACAUUAAUUAGACUGUGAGAUCGCGAAGUUACGUUAGUUUGGGUGAAUUAGGUCUCUGUUCUGUAUCGAUACUCUCUACUUCGUAACAUACCAUGGGCCCAUUGGGCUAUUUCUCGUUCCAGCCAGUGCACCACGACUGGUAUAUCAAAGGUCGUGGAAUGUACUACUCUGUCUGUGGGAUGGUGCAUAUAAAAGAUGCCUUGC